UAAGCAUUCAUUAGUUCAAUUUCUUUCCAUUUUCAAUCUAUAAUCUUAAAAUUCAUUAAUUUUUCAUUUUUUUUUUGUGUUUUUGCCAUCGUGGUUGUUUGAUGUAGAAGGUAGUGGUUGACACGGUGGUUUUGGGAUGUGGUGGCGUGGGUCGUAACAGUGUCGUGAUUGGUCGUGGUUGACUUAGUUGUGGUUGCUAUUGAAAAAAUGGAAAAUAAAUAAAUAAGGGCAAGAAAGUCUCUUUACUUAAAAUGAUGGGGGUUUGAUCAAAUGUGAUGGCGGGAUUUAUUAUUUCACCCAAAAAAAUUUGCCAUAAGUAAAAAGAAUGGGCCUUUGGGAAAAAAAUGACAGCUGUGGGAUUUGAACCCACGCCCUUUCGGACCAGAGCCUAAAUCUGGCGCCUUAGACCACUCGGCCAAACUGUCGCAUGUUUAACAAAUUAAACAAUAAAUAUACUUAUACAGAGUAUUUUUUAAUUUUAGUAUCUUUGUAAUUGUAGCGCAAUGAAGAGGAGAAUUCAUAGAUGCGCUCUCUCUCUCCUAAAUUAUGAUCUAAUUAUUCGUUUGAUCCUGAAUUACAGACUUCCGGAAUUAAUCAUUGAUAUUCUGUUACGAUUGCCUGCAAAAUCUCUGUUACGAUUCAAGAUUGUGUGCAAAUUAUGGUAUAAUUUGAUUAACAGCUCUGAUUUUGUCGACCUCCAUUUUGAACGAUCAAUUGCUUCCCAAACUAAUUUCCAUUUUGUUUAUAAAACCCCAAUUCUUCAUUUGGGUGAUUUCGACACAUUUGAUAACCCGAUUUCGCUUGAUUACCCGUUUAAGAAUUGUGAUAAUGGCGGUGUUGGUGUGGUUGGAUCAUGUAAUGGCUUGCUUUGUUUGCAGAGUUAUGAUUUUGAACAUCCCCUUUUGAUUUACAAUCCAACCACUCAAACCUACAAAACACUCCCAUUGUUGCCUAUAAGUGCCCCAUUUAGUUACACUCGAUCGGUGUUUAAUUUCGGGUUUGGUUAUGAAAGCAUCACUCGGGAUUAUAGGUGUGUGAGGAUUAUUCGGAAUUAUAAUGAGGAAACCAGCUCGUAUGAGAGUGAUGUUAUGGUUUAUAGCUUGAAGGGUGAUUUAUGGAGAAAGGCGGCUACUCCUAGUGUUGAUUACAAUCUUGAUUACUAUUAUACAAAGAGUGUCUUUCUUAAUGGUGCUAUCCAUUGGGAUGGCGGUAUCACUGAGAAUGAAGCUAAUGAGGCAUUGCCUAUUGUUGUCUUCAAUUUAAAGGAUGAAUGUUUUAGUACUAUGCUGAUUCCUGAUUUUGAUUCCAUGGAAAUUGUUCAUAUGUUCGUGGGUGUACUUGAUGAGAGCUUGUGUCUUGCUGUUAGUGAGUUGAGUGGUGACACCCAUUUGUGGGUUAUGAAAGAGUAUGGCACACCUGAAUCUUGGACCAAGUUAUAUUCUGUUCCCAAGCUCAAUAGUUUCUACGAGAAAGUGGCGAGCCCUAUUUGUUAUUCAAUGAGCUUAAAGGAAUUGUUUGUGCAUACUACUUAUUUGCAGGUUGCUUCUAUUGAUUUGGAUACCAUGGAAAUUAGCCCUGUGGAGGUUGCUACUCGAUGCACAGAUGCUCAUGUUUGUGUAGAGAACCUUCUUAUGCUAUGAGGAUAGGAAUGCUAACCAUUUUUGGUUGAAGAGGAACAUCACAUGAGAAGAGGGGAUCGAAAAAGAAAGAUGAGAUGAAGAUCAUUUGAUCUUUUUCCCAUGUUUGUGUAGUAUUAAGCUUGUUUUAGCCUUUGCUAUUAUCUUUGUCCCUAUAUAUAUAAAUAUUUAUUUUCAUUGUGAAACUCUGCUUUAAUUUUGAAUGUGUUAUAGUGAAGCCUGAUUUAUGAAAGA